UUCCAGAAGGGUCUCCUGCACGUAAUGGUUCUCCUACUUUUUCACCAAUAGCUUUUCACAUAAGAAAGACGCCGCUCUCGGACCAAAGGAAGUUUACAUUUUGUUCUCCAGAUAUUCCUUCAUCCUCCAAUAGAAUGACAUCCCCAUGUACAAGAAGUCCUUACAUAGAUGGCUGUUCUCCAAUUAAAAAUUGUUCUCCUCUGAGGCUUGGAGCAUACAGAGGAACUGCCCAGUAUCAGACUUCUGUCAUCAGAAUACCGCUUGCAGUUGAGGAUCCUGGUGAGGGUGAGGAAGACAAGGAAAACAUGUCUCCAGCAGAAACUCAGUUCCCAGAGAUGGAUAGCAGGAUCAACUUACGUCAGCAAGACAGCGAUGCUUUUGCAUGUGGUACGCAUCUUGUGGUAGCAACUGUGUCUAUUGCACCCGAUCACUCAGAAGCUCGCCACCAAAGGCUGCCGUUGUUUCAGGACAUAGCAGGCUCAAAGGAAAACAACACUGUAGAUAUGGCUGAUGCAGCCGAAGUGUCAGAGGAGAACACCUGGAUCAAAGAAGCGAUUGGCACUAGCAGUGCGCCGAUGGCCAGCUUUAUGACAGGGAUUACCUUCAGUAUUGAGAACUCUCGCAUGUGCAUGUCGCCUCUUGCGGAAAGCAGCGCCAUCCCUUGUGACAACAGUAGCCUUCAGGUGGACAGUGGUUACAACACACAGACUUGUGGAAGCAGCAUUAUGGAUACUGCAGUGGCUGAAAACAGUUGCAAAGAAAAUGAUGUGAAUACUAAUGUCUUUCAGAGUAAAUCUCAGCUGCUUAAAACAAAGGAGUGCUGCGUUUUAAACCAUAAGGACAAUCAGUUGCUGAGAGCAAAUUCUCCAGAGAAGCAGACCUGUUUCCUAAAAACAAAACCACAUAGUGCACUAUUUGGUCCAAAUGCAACUUGCAACAUCUCUACCUGGAAACAUAAGCCUGAAAAUCAAGUUUAGGGGUUUCACAAAAAUGGUAUGCAGCUUUCCGAUGGAGGAUUUAAACUGUCUUGUCUAAUAAAUUUUCAGCUAUGUGACCUUGGUUACCUGAAUGAUCUAUAUAUAUAUAUUAUGUUGCCUUUUUUUAAUGCAAAUGUAAUAAAUUGGAAUGUAUUAAGGGAUUUUUUUCUAAUGAUGUGAGGUUUUUAAUGCAUUAAUAAAUUUAUUGGUAUCAUUAAGCAAUCCUUUUGAAAAAAUAAGGCAGCUAGACUUGGUACAAAGAAAUCAUGAUGUUUGUCAGAGCUGUGUGCCUUCUGUGAUUAGGGUAGAUUCCAUAAAGAACCUUGUUUUGGAAGUGUGGACAUAAAUUCAAGAGGAUUAUUUCAGAUAGAAUGAGCAUAACCUUUUGCACCUUGCACAGAAACCAAUGUAACUACAGAAAACCCUCUAUAUUUUAAGGCAUAGCUAAUGACAUGAGGGAAAGAAAAAUGAAAGGAGUAUUAGUUUUGAUUUGGAUUGCUUUUCUCCUGAUGAUAUUUAUUGUGUGGCUUCAGGAAUGCUACCGCUGGUACUAAGAAACAGUUGUUGGAGAGAAAUUAAUUGCUGGGAGAUUUGAUGAGAGCAGGGCUGGGGAAGGAGGAGAGGAAGGAGUGCCUGUUAGUAUCAGUCUGUGCUAACAGGAAUGAAACUCUGUUGUGAUGUCCAUGAGGAAAGAAGAAAAGAAUCCCAGAAAUGGGUCCCUGAAAUAUGUGUAUGUUUUAUAACACCAGGCUAAUCUUUUUAAUUAAGUUUUCUUGUUCUUCUUGAACAGCUGUGUGAAAAUGCCAUUCUAGUUACAGCAGUGACACUUUUACACACACACACAGAAAGUUUAAUCCUUAGUAACAAAACAAGCUUUAUGUCAAAGUAAGCCUUCUAGCAAUUCUUUGAACAGCUUUUGUUCCUGCAUGUCUGUCAGUUAGCUUUCCUUUGUACUUUACUAAAGUGGACUGUUGGUUACUUUGAAAUGAAAUGAGUGUGUUGUUACUUAAGCAAUUGUCUUAGUACUAAUCCUGAUUACCUGACUCCACUCAUGUCUCCUGAGAACAUGUGCUCAAAAUUGGUGCUCUGCUUCCCUUUCUGGGUGGAUGUUUUGCUUCCUAUUCUGUUCCACAGCCCACAGAAAAGCUUGUACCAAAGUGAUAGAGAGCAGCCGAUGAGUAACUAUUGGCACACUGUGCCCAAAACGGAUGGUCAGACCUAAAGUUGAAGGCAACUGGCAUUAAAAGGAACAAAAAAAAAAUGCAGAUAUGAACAGAAAUGCCAAGCAUUCAAAAGACAGUGCAUUAGAACUGAGUCCUCUGCAGGUAUUGUGUGAAUAGAAGAGUUCUUCAAAUAUUUUAACUGGAAAUGCACCAGUAAAAGCUUUCUGAAAAAGAUAUUUAAUAGGAAACAUCUAUGCCAGCAAGGAAGCAUCCUUUGGCAUUUAGUUGUAAAAAUGAUAAUGAAAACAUUAGUGUAGAUUUCUAACCAGCAAAUAUGAGACCUGCAUUGUUUUUAUCAACAUUAAUUAAAACCUGACACCCUGAUCUUGAAGCAGCUCCCUACUAAAAAGUGGAAAACCACUGAAUUGAUAAUUUUUAGUAGAAUCAACUUGGACUUCUGGAGAGUUAAUUAAUUGAAUGGGGCCUUCAAAGUGUUCUUUGCUUUAGCUUGUAAGGUUUGUAGCUCUAUUAGGGUGUUUCUCUCUAAUGAUACUUGAUGAAAAAGGGUCUAUUUCAGAGUUUUGGACUCUACAAAGGAUUUAUUUUUGCAAGUGUGAUUUACUGAAACAUUCAUGUAAAGGGGAAGAUGAGAAGCAGGAUGGUCCAAAUUAGGUUCUACUUGUGAAGUAUUCUGCAGGAUCUGUAAAAUUAAGAUUUGCCUUUUUAAUUAAAUCUUUUUUAUCCUUUAUAAAGGAUCAGAGGCUUUUAAAAGUAUUCACUAAUAAAAAAAACGACUGAAAUAUUUAACUGUACCCUCUUAAGGUAUUUUCUUAAAAGGAAUAAUGAAGUAACAGCAGCAAUGGGUGAAUGUGAGGAACAAUUUAAGGAUCCUCUCAAGUUGCUUGUGUUUUCUGUCCUUAUAGUCUUCAGUUGUUCAUUGUAUGAUGAGAAUAUGCCUUUUUUUAACAGUAUGAGUAAUUGUUUUGUGAAAGGAAAUUGCUGUUCCCAAUUGUCCUGGAAAUGAGUGCAGGUUCUGUUUCUCUGCCUGUACCAGACCCAUGGGCUGGCACACAUUGCACAAAAGGGUCACUGUUUACAUGAUUUCAGUAAUUUUAACAUGUGUAAUUAUAAAGCAAAGAAUGAAACAGAAUAAAGACAUCUCUUUCAGACCUA